CCGGGCGAUGCCCCGGCCCCUGCCGCGUCCCGGUGGCUCUAGGAGCUCGCGAGUGGCGGCGGCAGCAGCCCCGGUAGCUGGGCCCACGCAGGUAAGGGGCUCGCGCCGGCCCCUUUGCAGCUCCCGGGACGCGGCCUUUGAUAGGUGAAGCCGCGCGGGCGAGCGGGGCAACCGGGCUGCUCCUUGCUCGUGCUAGGAGGGCAGGGGUGUCCGCUGCCAACAGAACCUGGGAUCCUGAGCGGCCGGGAAGGGAAGCCAGUGGAGCUGCCGGUUCGGGAGUCAGAAAGGAGUCACUGAAGUGUCCCGUAGAGACGUCCUCUUCCCCAGAGGGACUCCUGUGCUUCAUGCAGCCAUGGACCUUGAUAAACCGUCUGUCUGGGGCUCAUUUAAACAGCGAACCAGGCCUUUGUUGGUCAACCUGAGCAAGAGGAAGGUGAAGAAGACCUCAAGCAAAGCCCUGGACUUACGGGCCCAGCAUCAUCUGGACCGCCGCCUGAGCCUGUCUGUCCCGGACCUCCUGGAGGCUGAGGCCCUGGCCCCCGCGGGGCGGCCUUACUCCGGCCCCCAGUCAUCCUAUACCUCGGUGCCCAGCAGCCUAUCGACCGCCGGCAUCGUCCCCAAGAGCAGCAGUAGCUCUUUGAAGCAGUCCGAAGAAGAACUGGAUUGGAGUCAGGAAGAAGUCGGCCCCUUCCAAGUCGGGGAAACAGACCCCGAGGAGCCCUUCACCUCUCCCACCGAGGACAGGAGGGCUUCCAGCAACGGCUCCUUGGGUCUGCUCCAGAAAACGCCCCCUGGAGAGGAUGCCCCCGAAGGGCCAGAGAAGCUCUGUGGAAGUGGUGAUCUGAAUGCUGCCCUGACAUCUCAACAUUUCAAAGAGCAAUCUGGUCUCAGGGAAGCUGGCGAUGGCUUGAGUAACCUGCCCAGCCCUUUUGCCUACCUUCUCACCAUCCACCUGAAGGAAGGUCGGAACCUGGUGGUCCGGGAUCGCUGUGGCACGAGUGAUCCCUAUGUGAAGUUUAAGCUGAAUGGGAAGACCCUGUACAAAAGUAAAGUCAUAUAUAAGAACUUGAACCCAGUCUGGGACGAGAUAGUCGUAUUGCCAAUUCAAAGCCUUGAUCAAAAGCUGCGUGUGAAGGUAUAUGAUCGAGAUUUAACUACAUCUGAUUUCAUGGGUUCUGCAUUUGUCAUUUUGAGUGAUCUUGAGCUUAACAGAACGACUGAGCAUAUCUUAAAAUUGGAAGAUCCAAACAGUUUAGAAGAUGACAUGGGAGUGAUUGUAUUAAAUUUGAACCUAGUAGUAAAACAGUGUGAUUUCAAGAGACACCGUUGGUCGAAUCGGAAGCGGUUAAGUGCCAGUAAGUCCUCUUUGAUACGCAACCUCCGGCUCUCAGAGUCCUUGAAAAAGAACCAACUCUGGAACGGGAUUAUAAGUAUAACUUUGUUGGAAGGAAGGAAUGUCUCAGGCGGAAGCGUGGCAGAGAUGUUUGUCCAGUUAAAACUGGGAGAUCAGAGGUAUAAAAGUAAGACACUGUGUAAGAGUGCAAAUCCGCAGUGGCGGGAACAGUUUGACUUUCACUACUUCUCUGACAGGAUGGGCAUUUUGGACAUUGAAGUGUGGGGAAAGGACAGCAAAAAGCACGAGGACCGUUUGGGCACGUGUAAAGUGGAUAUCUCAGCCCUCCCACUCAAGCAAGCCAAUUGCUUGGAGCUGCCAUUGGAAAGCUGCCUGGGGACCCUUCUGAUGCUGGUCACCCUCACACCCUGUUCAGGGGUCUCGGUCUCAGAUUUGUGUGUGUGCCCCUUGGCAGACCCCAGCGAGAGAAAGCAGAUCGCCCAGCGCUUUUGCUUACAGAACUCCCUGAAAGAUAUGAAGGACGUCGGCAUUUUACAAGUGAAGGUUUUAAAGGCAGUAGAUCUCUUAGCAGCAGAUUUCUCAGGUAUAAAAAUCUUCACUUGUAAAAUGCCGACUCCCAUUAAAGAUAUCCAUGAUGUUUUGGAAGUGACAGUGUUUGAUGAAGAUGGGGAUAAGCCUCCUGAUUUUCUUGGAAAAGUCGCCAUUCCCUUGCUGUCUAUUCGAGAUGGACAGACAAACUGUUACGUGUUGAAGAAUAAAGAUUUAGAACAAGCUUUUAAAGGAGUUAUUUACUUGGAGAUGGACCUCAUAUAUAAUCCGAUCAAAGCAAGUAUUCGGACCUUUACUCCCAGAGAAAAGCGGUUUGUUGAAGAUGGCCGCAAGCUGUCCAAAAAGAUCUUAUCCAGAGAUGUAGACCGAGUGAAGAGACUCACCAUGGCUAUGUGGAAUACAAUACAGUUCCUUAAAAGCUGCUUCCAGUGGGAAUCCACGCUGAGAAGUACAGUAGCAUUCAUGGUGUUCUUAGUCACUGUCUGGAACUUUGAACUCUACAUGAUCCCUCUGGCUUUAUUGCUCCUCUUUGUCUACAAUUCCAUCGGAACUGCGAGAGGGAAGGGUGGCAGCAUCCAGGACAGCCAGGAGAGCCCGGACGUGGAUGAGGAGGAUGAUGAAGAUGACAAGGAAUCUGAGAAGAAGGGCUUAAUUGAAAGGAUCUACAUGGUUCAGGAUAUUGUCUCAACUGUUCAAAACAUCUUGGAGGAAUUAGCCUCUUUUGGAGAAAGAAUUAAGAACACAUUUAACUGGACGGUCCCAUUCCUUUCAUUCCUGGCCUGUUUGAUACUGGCAGUUGCCACCAUCACAUUGUAUUUCAUUCCACUCCGGUACAUCAUUUUAAUCUGGGGCAUAAACAAAUUCACUAAGAAGCUUCGAAACCCCUAUGCCAUCGACAAUAAUGAGCUUCUGGACUUCCUCUCCAGGGUACCAUCUGAUGUUCAAAAGGUGCAGUAUGCGGAGUUGAAGCCAGGCAGUAGCCAGAGCCCCGUUCGGAAGAAGCGCAACGCGCUCUAGGACACAAGCUGACUUUGGACGCCAGCAGCCGAUGGGCUGUUGGACGGAUGAGACCGGGUUCUCUGUCGUUCGGUGGCAGCCGUGGUGUCUUUCUGAGAUGCGUGCCGUGUGGAGCCCUGUCUUUACCCUCCCCGUCUUCAUGGCAUAGAUGCACAUGCCCAUGGGCGCAUCCGUGUGCAGGGGUGAUCGACUUGCAUCUGGAGUCAGCCCAGCGAAAGGAAACACUCCAUAGACUGUAAAAGACCAACAUCCCUUCUUCCAACAGGACAUUAAAGCAAGCGUCCAGGGGUCUCAGCACCCUCCUUGAGAACAGCCAGGAGGCCACUUAGAUGCCAGCGUGACUUUGAACUUGUUUUCGCAUCUCUGACAGUUUCGCAUCAAGAUUCAGUGACGUUCACUUGCACCCUCACCCUCCUUUCAGAUGAUUGUUUUUUUUUGUUUCCCCCUCUGAGUUAACAAGUCCUUGAUAGCCACCAUCUACCCAAAUAAUGUAUAUUAUAAAUAGAUUUUUUUUUUUAAUUAUUACCUGGAUCAUCCCAGUUCUUUGGGGAUCUUUCAGCCAUAACAACUAAAGACCUAGAUGUAAAAUUUCAGUAAGCUGCUUGGUGCUGGAUGCCAGCCUGCCUCCUGGUCCAUUGCUGGCAAUGGAUGCUCUAGAAUGUUCUGAGAGAACAUUCACCCAAAACGUGAAGGACUCAGUGAAAAUAUUUGGGUGCUUCAAAUAGCCAUUUCUUCUGAUGUUACUUUUUGCUAAUUUCCCAAAUAUAAUCUCAGUAGUAUAGCUUGAGAAAGAGGGGGAGGGGGUGAAUGAGUGAAUUCUGAGAGUAUUUAGACAGACUGAGGAGCAAGGGGCCAAUGAAUGUGGCUGCUUAUCUGAAUGUCAUAAUCCCUUCACUCGCCUGCACUUUUAAGAAAGUAAAAAUGCUGUAACAAUCCACAUGGCUCUUUUGUUCCUAAGCAAAAUAAGCUACACAUAAUAAAAACAUAUAUCUCAGAACCCCAUUCCUAGAAAGGUACAAUCCCCAAAGUCUUUUUGAGUAUACCAUACUGUCCCAUUUCACUGUAACCUCCUCCAAGUAAAUAUCCCAAUUUUUGUGCAUAUAUAAAAUGUAUGCAAAUAUCUUCUGUUCAAAUUAUAUUUAAGUUGUAAAAACUAUAUUUUGUUGACACAUACUUUGUAUGUGCAGUUUUAUAUGUAUAUAUAUAUAUAUAUAUAUGUAUGUAUGUAUUGUAAAGAAAAAUUGAAGUAAAAAGAUCUGAUUCA